UUCUGUUUCUCUCUCUCUUCUCUCUCUCUCUCUCAUGAGUAUUGAAGGCACUCUUGCAACCGCACUGACAACACUUUAAUUACCCCCCAUCAUCGGUGCUGCUUCUCCUAAAUUUAUAUAUCCGAUUCUUCUUUCUUUUUUUAUCUCUGUUUUCCCUUCCACUUUCCUCGGCGCUCUUUCCCAUGUUUCUUGAUUCUUCAACCACAAGCCAAAGUAUUUUUUAAUCUUUUUUCCCGUCUGUUGUUUCGCAUUCCGACAACAUUUCCGGCGAUACUAAGCAACCGAGCUUCGCCCCUGCUGCACAUGUGUUUUUGAAGCUCUGCUUUUCUAUUUAUCCUCUCUUCAUUACCACUUUCGUUUUAUCCAUGCAGAAUAAACUUUAAUUCAGACCAACUUUUUUUUUUUUACGACUGAAAAAUGUUGGUGCUUGUAAACACAGCCGCUGCUCUGCUACUGUUUCCGUUACUUGUGUUUGUUCAAUCUCUGGACCCGGCCUUCAACGACGACGUUUUGGGGCUCAUAGUCUUCAAAGCUGGCCUAACCGACCCACAAUCAAGGCUCACCUCUUGGAACGAAGAAGACGACUCCGCCUGCAACUGGGUCGGAGUCAAAUGUGACCCGACUUCCAAUCGGGUCUCCGAGCUUCUUCUUGAUGGCUUCUCUUUAUCCGGCCAUCUCGGAAGAAGCUUAAUUAGACUCCAGUCCCUCAAAGUUUUGCAAUUGUCAAGAAACAAUUUUUCAGGCACAAUAAACCCCAUUCUCACACAAAUCCCUUAUUUGGAAACCAUUGAUCUGAGUCAAAACAGUUUAUCAGGGUCCAUACCCGAAGAGAUUUUCCAACAAUGUGGGUCCUUGAAGGAAAUUUCACUGGCCAAGAACAACCUCACCGGCUUAAUCCCACAAUCCCUAACUUCGUGCACAAAUUUGAAGAGGCUCAACUUUUCAUCGAAUCUUCUUUCAGGUCAGCUCUUUUCUGGGUUGUGGUCUUUGAGUUCGCUUCGGUUGUUAGAUUUGUCUGAUAAUCUAUUCGAGGGUGAGAUUCCUAUAGGGAUAGAUAGUUUGUCUGUCUUGAAAGCUGUUAGCUUUAGUAAGAAUAAAUUUGUGGGUUGGUUGCCUGAGAAUAUUGGAAACUGUUUACUGCUGAAAUCUGUUGAUUUUGGUGGAAAUUAUUUCUCCGGUGGGCUUCCUAUUUCGAUGAGAAAACUCGGGUUCUGCAGAUAUCUUGAUGUGAGUGGGAAUUUAUUAGCAGGGGAUUUUCCUGAUUGGAUUGGAGAUAUGAGAAGCUUGGAGUUCUUGGAUGUUUCAAGUAAUAAUUUUUCCGGUCAGAUACCGGUUACUGUGGGUAAUCUCCAAUCCUUAAAAGAAGUAAAUUUUUCCAACAAUCGUUUCACGGGUAACUUGCCCGAAUCUUUUGGGGAUUGUGUGAAUAUUAAGGUUCUUGAUGUUGGCCAGAAUUUGCUUUCUGGUAAUAUGCCUUCAUGGAUUUUCAAGCUAUCUUUGGAGAGAGUUUCUCUCUCUGGUAACAGAUACAGUGGAAGCAUGGUCAUUCCUUCUUGGAUGCAAUCAUAUCAAAUCUUACGAGUCCUCGAUUUAUCAUCCAAUGCUUUAACCGGCGAAAUCCCAUCAGCUAUUGGGAAUUUCAGUCAAUUGCAGGCGUUGAAUAUAUCUCGAAACUCCUUAGUUGGUUCGAUUCCUGCGAGUAUUGGUCAACUUAACACAACUUUAGUUCUUGAUAUGAGCUACAAUCAGCUGCAUGGGAGCAUUCCAGUAGAAAUCGGGAACUGCUCUUCUCUAACCUCGUUGGUUUUGUCUCGGAACAAUCUCACGGGACCCAUCUCCGUUUCGAUCGCCACUCUAUCGAACCUCGAACUACUCGACUUGUCGUUCAACAACUUCUCAGGCAGCCUACCGAAAGAACUGACGAAUCUCUCCCACCUCGUAACAUUCAAUGUCUCGUUUAACAAUCUCGAAGGUGAACUUCCUGUCGGAGGUUUCUUCAACACAAUCACUCCCUCCUCGGUCACAGGCAACCCAUCCCUUUGUGGGUCCAUAGUCAACCACUCCUGUCCAGCUGUCCACCCCAAGCCCCUUGUCCUAAACCCUAACUCCUCUGUCUCGAACCACACCCCUCUGUCACAGAAUCUCCGUCACAAGCGGAUUGUACUUAGCAUAUCCUCCCUUGUAGCCAUCGCUGCUGCUAUAUUCAUAGCUCUCGGUGUGGUCAUUGUCUCGAUUCUCAAUGUAAAAGCCCGUACAUCUAUGGCCCGGUCAGCCAAUGCAUUGACAUUUUCGGGUACGGGCGACGAUUACAGCCCGUCGAAUGAAACGGAAGCUAAUAGUUAUGGGAAGCUGGUUAUGUUCUCGGGCGACGUGGAUUUUGAAAGCGGGGCCCACGCACUGCUCAACAAGAACUGCGAGUUGGGGCGGGGUGGGUUCGGGUCGGUUUACAAAACGGAUCUUCGAUGCGGGCGGGCCGUGGCCAUCAAGAAGCUCAACACCACGAGCUUGGUGAAAUCACGAGACGAUUUCGAGAGGGAGGUUAAGAGACUCGGGAAGAUUAAACACGAGAAUCUCGUCCAGCUGGAGGGAUAUUAUUGGACCCCGUCCCUGCAGCUGCUCAUCAACGAGUACAUCUCCGGUGGAAGCUUGCACAAGCAUCUGCACGAAGUAGAAUAUUCCGGAAGCUUGCUGACGUGGCGGCAGAGAUUCAAGAUAAUCGUGUGUACGGCUAAAGGUCUGGCCCACCUGCACAGACUUAAUUUAAUUCACUAUAACAUUAAGUCGAGUAAUGUAAUGAUAGAAGUAUCCGGAGAGGCAAAGGUGGGCGAUUUUGGACUGGCGAAGCUAUUGCCAGCAUUGGAUCGUUAUAUACUGAGCAGCAAAGUGCAGAGUGCACUUGGUUAUAUGGCUCCUGAAUUCGCAUGCCAAACUGUGAAAAUUACCGAAAAGUGCGAUGUUUAUGGAUUUGGGGUUUUGAUUCUCGAGGUUAUAACGGGGAAAAGGCCUGUGGAGUAUAUGGAAGAUGAUGUGGUCGUGCUUUGCGAUAUGGUGAGAGAAGCAUUAGAUGAAGGGAGGGUAGAAGAGUGCAUUGAUAAGAAGCUUAAUGGUGGUUAUUCAAUGGAGGAGGCUAUUCCGGUCAUUAAGCUAGGGUUGAUUUGUGCUUCUCAGGUGCCUUCGAAUCGACCGGAUAUGGAAGAAGUGAUAAGGAUUCUGGAGUUGAUUCAGUGUCCCAGUGAGAGUCAAGAAGAAUUGGAGUAAUUUUUUACGGUAUCGAAAAGAAUUUUUUAAGUUCAAAAAAAAUGUGUUGGUAUUUUGCGAUCGAUCGGGUGAAGAGGAAUCCGUUUUUUUUUUUUUUGUUUGAUAGAUGAAGAAAAUAGAUCCAUGUAUGUAUUUGCUAUGAUAUUUGAAGAUGGUUUUGUUUAUUAGUAGCUUUUUUGUCUUUCUUUUCGAGUAAAUUUUGCUUCUGAGGAGUAAUAUUUAUGAUUAAUCUUGAUCCA